AUGACCGACAUCAACGUCCCAGAAGAGACCUUUGCCUCUGGACGCUACUCGAAGCGCAAGCGCACCCAGGUCACAUACCAUCUCGACGAACUGGAAUUUUCAGACUCGGAAUCGGAAUUCGACAGCCCACAGGCAAAGAAGCGGACGGUCAAGGCAAGCUCCAGACCACUUCCCAAGCGCAAGGUCUUCCCUUUCAUGGAACUUCCAGCGGAAAUUAGGAACAUGGUCUACGAGUAUGCUCUUACAGAUCCUUCUGGCAUCAAUCUCGUCGGCACAUUCAAGCACAAGCGCCGUACAGUCGAACGCGUAUCAGCCAAGUGCGAGGCAGACAUAUCACAAGACAGAGAUUAUUCAGACUCAUUUCUUAUAAAUGAUAGCAUCCGAAGCCAACACGAAAAACCAGCCCCUCUUGGCCCGUCGCUCCUUGCUGUGAGCAAGCAGAUCCACCAAGAGGCUGUCGACACUCUGUACGGCAAGAACGAAUUCAUCUUUACCGAUAGCUUCGCCUUGUACAACUUCAUGAUCAACCUUGGCCCCAGAGGCGCCAAACACCUCAAGACGCUUCGCCUUCGAGGCUGGCUUUAUGGCCGCGCAACAAAAGCAUACAACCACUCCUGUUUCGCCGCACUAGUCUGGGCUACGAAUAUCACCGCAUUCCACUUCGACACGCGAAUCGGUUGGUAUCGCGCAUCCAAGUAUGGAGCUGAACAACUCUACCGCGAUGCAUUCCCGUGGAUGGAGGCCGUAGGAUUGGCAAAGGGCAAAAUCGAUGCUGUCGUCGAUAUCAUACAGCUUGACGAUUAUCAUUUCGACAACUUUCGUUAUCGCUCCGGCUUUGCGUCUCAGACAGAUGUGCCUAAUGAGGAGAAGCUCGAGGAAUUCAGGACAGCGUUGAGGAAGUCUCUCGGCGCGCAACAGAAACGGGUCAUGGCGCCGGCGGUGAAGAAGAGCAAAGUCACCAAGAAAGUCGUUGUGGAUGAGUAG